GGCACCGCUCCGCACGGAUACCCAGGGGUACGAGAUGGUUCCGCAAGAGCAUGGGGAGAUAGCGGGUGGUCAGAUGCAAGAAACACACGUGAUUAUUCCGACCACCUGUGAAGUUACUUCGGCCAAUGGACAUCGCAAAAACUGUUGGGAACAAAUCAAGAACAAGCUGUACUUCAUAUGUUUAUGGAUUGUGAAGCAUUGGGGAAAAUGCCUCUUGAUUUUGGUUGGAGUUUUUGCUUUUUGUCUUGCAGCUUAUUUUGUUUGGAAACAUUCAUCUAAUGCAACUGAUACAAAUGUUGUGAAUAAUUCACCUAAAGGAACAAAUAUAAAUGGUACAACGUCUCCUUCCAUCACUGCUAAUUGGACCUUGUGCAAUGGAAAAGAGAUUGCUAAUUUUUUAAAAGAAAUGACUCACAACGACAGCUUACACAAAUGCAACCGUAUUGGUGGCCAACUUCCCACUAAAGAUGAAAUUCAGAACAUGACUCAAUGCAUCAAACAUGGAGAGGAUUACCAUAUUCAACAGCAUUCCCCUAUACAAGAUGGGCAAUGUGAGUUUUACAACACGGACUCUAAAGAUCCUGUUAAAUUAGCCUGUGACACUACAAGAUUUCUUGUCUGCCAGAAGCAACUUGCAUCCUCUGGCACGUCUGAGUCCUCAAAGAAAUAUUAGAUGGACGUUCGGUGUUUGAAAUCCAGACAGAGAAGGGGAAAUUACUUUUUACAUUGAAAGGACGAUUCACCUGCACCUUCUGGAAAUGACGGACUUACUUGAAAUCGUAAUAAUCAUGAAAGUGUUAAAAUGGAAAACGGACUGUAGCCAAUUAUAAAAGACAUGGAUGACUAUAUAAUAAUGCAAAGGAAGAGACUCUUUCGCCUUGAAAAAGCCGCCAGGUUGCGGUGAAACAUACUUUGGAGAUUGUGGCUAUGUCACAGAGAGGGGUUACAUUGACCGUAGCGCAACACUUGGAACUGCAAUCUACAAAGUUGCGCUGUGUAUCACAGCAUACUGAAUGCUUUUAUACAUAAAUACAUUUGAUUAUUUUUUAAGCAGGAUGUACUUUUUAUUCUAAAUAAAAUAUUUAUAGAAGAUUUUCCUGUCAUUCAGUGGGAUUUAUUAAUAGAGUUACAUUAGAGCUAUUGUAGCUAUACAAAGUGUGAGUACUGGUCUAUUUAGGAUCACUAACGAGCAUUUUUAUAAUUAUGUCUGUUUACUUCUGCACAUGCACAUUCAUAUACAUGUAUUGAUGAAUCAAUGUAUAAGUGUAUAGAAACAUUUUUCUAAUAAGCCUGGUAGCUUGUACCCUCUAUUUAAAGCUAAUGCUCAGGUAAAUGUACAUUCAAGGUUGUACAAAUAUUUAGCCUUCCUUAUUCCCAUCUGUUUAUAUAAUUUUAUGUUUAUAUAAUGCUGAAUUACUGUUUUUGCGAUUCUUUGUAUUGUAUUCAGAUGCAAAUGUAAUGAUAUGGAACUUGUGUGAUUAAAUGAUUUGUUGGGGGUGUUAACCUCCUUUUAUUUAUUGACCAAUGAUAUCACUUGAGUAGGUUUUUAAACUCUGCUGACUAGCACAUUGUUAGGUCUAUGAUUAUGGCACCUGCCAAAACAUGUAAGACCAGUCAGCUUUUCAUGUCUUCUGUGCGCUCAUUUUAAUUUGACUUCCAAUAAAGGCUAUUUUUAUAUACAA